CUUGUUCCAAGACAGAAGGGGAGAGUGAGAGAGUGAAGACGGUUCUUCCGCUCCUCAGUUUUGUAGGACUUGAUCCAGUUUUUCUAGUGGGAGGUAGGAGUGUUCCACAUCAGGAUAUCCGCUCUUAAGCUAAAGACAUUACGCCGAGAAUCAUAAGUAGGGACAACAGACGGCGUUCCAUUGUGUGAUUUAACCUCAAAGCUUUCACGGUCGAGGAGCGGGAUAGAGCCAAAGGUCUUCUUGUCAAGCGGCCUUUGCAAUGAUUAAAAACGACGAGUGUGCCGGCCUUGUGACGUGAACCCGCAACCUGUUUUGAAGUCGGAGCAAUGGCCACCUUGGGGAAGAGAGGUGAAGGCCGAGGUGCAAGAUCCCAUUCACCGGGGUUAAAGAAAAAACACCCAUCCCAACACGGAGCGGGAAAUUGGAACAACAAUAACAAUGACAAUCAUCUUCCUGAGAAGAACAAUAACCAUGUGCCCAUCACCAAACCCGUCGGCAACCCUGCCGGAAUGGAGAGCGGUGCCCCCAUCCACAAAGCAAACAUCGUGAUGAACCUUUUAAAUCGGUUUUCCAAAUUCACGAGCGGACACCAAGGGUCACCGCAGACGUCGUGGGGAGCCGCUAAACAAGCACCUGCUCCAUCAGCCAAUUUGAAGCCAAGUCCUCGAAAUGUCCCAUCAAGUGCUUCUUCAACCUCUUGCUCCUUGUCCUCCUCCACCACCACUUCCACAUCUACCACAUCUACCACCACCAACAAUAACAACGGCUCCCACUCGGGUCUGAGUGGAACUGAUGGACUCGGUGGCAACCCCAUCAAGGCGCCCAGACAUGGACAGGCUCAAAAGGCCAAGGACGCGAAGCAGAGGGCCAAACUGGACCAUGAGCUGAGUAGGCUGCACACCAAAAUCGAGACGCUAUUGGGGAAACUCGACGAUGUGACCCCUCAGGCGGCAGCUUCUCCAGAGGAAGAGUGUGUUCUCUGCCGGUUGAAUCGUGCCACAAUGCAGACCUUUCCUUGUGGUCAUCAAGUGGUUUGUCGAACCUGCUUCGUGAGGACCAUUCAGGCCACGGUGGCACAAAAGAAGCUUCCCUUGAGAUGUAUUUGGUGCUCAGCCAAGAUCCUCAAGCUUCAACAGAACCAAGAGCCCAAGUUUGCCCGCCAGCAAAAGCUCACCAUCUCGUCGUCGAAUUUCUCGUUCGCUUCGGGUGUCUCGAACGUGUCUUCGGCGAGUAGUUCCAAUUCGCUUCGCUCACAGAAGUCGUUCAAUUUCGAUACCCUCUCGAAUUUCCAGAACGCCAAGCUCAUGAAUGGGAUCCCCAUCAGUCGCACUCGGAGUGCCAAUAGCUUCCGAGCUCGGAGGACCCGCUCUCCUUCCCCGGGACGAGUGAGUCUCCCAAGUGGUUCGGUGCAGCCUCGGUCGCAUUCAUCAGACCCCAAGGGCUCUCGGACCCCCGUCAAUCGAACGUCAAGUGAGGACAGUCUCAGUAGUCAAAUGAGUUUCCCGGCCAGCUCCAUCACUUCCAUCUCGCCUCGGUCCCCGACAUCCCCGUCAUGGAGCACGGGAUCACUCCGAUCGUGUGAAGGGAUCUUGAAUGGUGGAACACACCCGUACUAUGGGACGAGUGUCUUGGCGGGAUCGUUCUUUCCGGCCGCGGUACUGGCCUCCUCCGCACCGAACUCGAACCUGGUCCAGGGGGUGCAUGGCCCGAGUGGAUCCAGUGAGAGCAGUGUGUCGUCUUCCAGUUGCUGUUCCUCCACGCGAUCUUCACGUCUUGGAACACCCUUGUCGCCAAUUAAGGAGUCCAGACAAGAAAGUUCGGGAAGUCCGCUGGAAAAUGCGUCGCCCGAGAAACGGCCGUGUCGUUAUCGAGUUCCCCCCAAGGCCGAAAUGGAUAUUGAUGACUUUGAACAGGAUCCCAACGACCUGUUUGUGGAGGACGGACAGCCCCAAUUCGAAUGCAAAGCCGCUCAAGAGAUCCUGACUCCAAAGCGUUCCUCCCGGAUUGUAUGCGCCGACAAGAUCCUUCGACAAUUGGAACAUCAUGCAGAUACGGAAAUCCAAUACUACAAACCAUCUUCUCCAUGGAUCAGAAGAAACCUAGAGGUGGCGAAGAAAAGUCGGUUGUUCACGGACCAUAAGAACGCCAACCUCCGACCGAUUGCAAACCAUCCAUCUUGUACUUCUGGUCGACUCUGUCGUCCACCUUCGUGGGAGGAGGAUUUGGAUCUUAUUUGUCCUAUUCAAUCAAGUCAAUCCAAUCACGAUCGGAACAACAACAACAACAACAACAAUAUCAACAACACUACGAGCAGCAGCAAUAUUAACAACAAUGCCCGAACGGAUGGACCACUUCCAAUUGGAAGUACACCACGAAUGCAACCAAGGACCAGGCGAACCAAAUCUGUCACCUUCAGCGACGACUGCUAGGAACAUGUUCACGGUACAGUUUUUAAACCGGAUGAGCUCAUUUCGAAUCUCAAAGUUGUUUGGAACCACCUUUGGCGUCAGAGGAAACUACCUUUGACUUUGGUUUGAUAAUGGAAAUCAAUUCACGGACCAAACAAUAUUCGAUUAAUUCAAAUUACUUCUAUUCACAGAUAUUAUUGUCCUUCUUCACAUCCCCUCUUUACUAAGAAGAGGCGUACAUUUUGCUAAACUAUUUUUUUGUGCCAGCCAGUGUAGUGGAUUCAAUUUCAACAGUCUGAACACGUGUUCCAAAGUUUUUGUUGAAUGACACAACCUCAAAAUAUCUGCAAGAAAAACCGCCAAAUUUGUGAGUGAGUUUGCUCUGAUCAGCCCAAAAGAAAAUUCAUCUACACUCAGAGGUUUUGGAAUUUGUUUGAACAUUUUUUUGGUCCGUGAACUGUUAUUCAAUUGUCCUAACGAUAUACUUUUAGUAAAUUUUCUUCCCGAUGCCCGAAUCUUGCUUCAAAAACCUUCGAAAUUUGAAAUGCCAUUGCCCAGUUUAAAAUCAACACCGUGUUAACGAAGAACACGUUUAGCCCGAUAGUCACCAUUGAUUCACUUGAUCAGUAUGUAGCCAUUUGAAACACAUAUCAAAAAUGUUUCUUUUUUGGGGCAGAUCCACCCCAUAGAGCAUCAUUAUCAACCGUCAU